GCGCCCCUCGGUGACGUCACCACGGCCGCAGCUGUUCGGCUCGUCUGAAUGUAAUUUCACAGACAAGUCGAGCUCUUCGACGGAAUGACUUCGAUGUAACUACGAAGGCGACGGAUUUUUGUUAAUUUUGAGAGCGCGUACUGUUCAUCUUCGAUGCGUAACGUCGUAUAACGGAAGACGGUUGUUAGCUAGCUAUCACGGCUAAGCGUUUGCUGAUGAACUAGAUUUGGUGAUCUGUUUUCGUGUCGGACAACCUUGGAUAGGUUUAACAGCUGAAAAAUGGUGAGACCACAUUCAGGAUCUCCUCGUUCCAAACACAGGCCAUUCUCGGACAACUACAGCAGCAUGAAUCAUGAAGGGCGAUUUGGCCCCCCUUCAAGAAGCCAGAGAGGUUUUAGAGGACCUCCUGGAAAAGCCCCACCAAGUUGGAGAGAUAAUAACAGUGGACCCCAGCCAUACCCCAAGAGGCCCUCGCUCAUGGGUGAACGCAGAGAGCGGCCACAUGGACCAUGGAUGCAGCACCAGGAUAACUUCCAUCCAUAUCCCAGCUCACAGGAUUCACAGCGGGGCCGCAGGAGGCCUUCUCCACCUCGCUCAAGCCGCCCUCCCCCAGUCCAGCACAGGCAGUCCCCACAUGGUCCUAUACAUGGACCCCCUAGCCACAGAGCACCACUUUUUCAUGAAAACCACCCUAGCCACACAUCUCCAUCUCGCCAUUUCCACGGCCCCCCAGACAGGAGGAUUCCUUCCCCACAUAGUUCCUUCAGGGGUCCACAGCGACGCCCAAGCCCUCAGGAACAUGACAGGAGCUGGUGCCCCACUCCUCGGGAUAGGCCCUUUGGCCGACCAGCACUUGGCGGGCACCACUGGAAUGGCCCAGGAGGUUACCCUCACCCCCCUGGUGGGGAUUCAAGGCUUUCUGGCCCACUCCAGAGAAAACCCAGAGAGUUUCAUGGAAGGAAUUCAUAUCCAGAGAGGUGGUCUGCAGAGAGAGAUCAUCGUGCGCCACAUGGAGAUCUUGGAAGGGAGUCCCGGCGACCUGGCAUGGAAUGGGCACAUGGAGGAGGGGGAAGUCCACAUACUCGGCCUCCUUACAGAUCGCCAGCACGAAGACCAGGCCCGCCCCCAUCUGGAUCGUCACUUAGACCGUAUCCUCCUUUUCGACCACAGGAAAGGCCCUUUGGACGGCCAAUGAAGAGGAAGAGUCAAGAAUUCAGAAGGCCACCAUCAUCAAGCGGUUUAGAGCAUGGGCCACCAAAGCGUUUCUGCAGGGAGUUCUCAGUGAGACCUGUUCCUCUCAGGGGCUUUCGAGGUCGAGGUUUGUCGCUUCAAGAUAAAAGCCGACUGAUAAAGGCAAGGAGGUUUAGAGCGGAGUCAGUGGCCCGGUUCAAACUGCCUCCACCGAGGCCGAGAAUCUCGGAGAGAGUCCAGAAGCCUAAGCCUCAGACUGCGCCAAAGAAUGCCAAAGAUUCCCCAGGAGUCUCACCACGCAAGUUACCACUCAAAAAGAUGUCAUCAUCCAGAGAGUCGUCCCCCAACACAGACUCCAAGACUGCAGAACCUGAGAGGGACUCCGAAACAAAGGUGGAAUCCCGUCGCUCUGUGAGCGCACACAGCUCUUCACCAAUAGACAGACGACUUUCACGUGAUCUUGUUGUGGUUUCUCAUUGGGAGGCGGGGCACAAACCCAGUACUAGCCCUAAGAACAAUACAUCCUGGAGGAAUAAGGCACCCAAGAGCAAAUCUGAGGAAUCAGAAUCCCAUGGAAAUUUAACACUGAAUGAACGCUUCACCAAGCUGCAGAGUCCUAACUCUUCACAGGAACAGAAAGAAAGACGGUCUUCUGUAAGUCCAGAAAAAACCCUGAGGAAGCCUGGAUCAUUUCAGAGGCCAAAUUUUCGCCCAACUGCUUUAGUGAAGAGGGGUUCAGCCCCUGAUGGAGUUACCAGGAAACCAUUAAUGGGCACAUUAAUUCCAAGACCGCCCUUCAAUCAGAAGCCUGUCUUCAAGAAGAGUCAAAGUAUCAUGUCAAAGUACAAGAACCUGCAAACGUUGCGGCAUAAAGUGCCUCAUCAGCGUCAAGCUACUAGCUAUCGCCGGUGGUAAGCCAAAAUGAUAUGCUGAAGCAAGUCGUCCACUGCAAAGCCUCUCUAUGAAGCUCCCCUCACCUUCGCUUAUCUCCUUUGAUCUAAUCUGUUGAAAAAAAGAGAAAAUAGCAAAGUAUUAUUUUUCAUUUAUAUAAGUUCCCAAUCCCCCCCCUCCUUUGGUGUGCAUUAGAGAUAAUGUCUCAUUCUUUUCUUUUGUCUUUUUUAGAGUUUCAAAAACGGAGAUUAGCAUCACAUUUUUGUAUAUACAUUUAACCUGUACAAAAGCUCUCUGUUUUUCCGGUAUUUCGUGAAAAUGAUUUUUAGAUUUGGUUAAAUUGUUUUUCUUUGAACAUGUGGUUCUGUUUAUACAUCAGUGUCUGAAUAGCUGCUUUUUGAAAGUGACUGUUAAAAGACUCAUAUCAUGCGAAAUGAUACUUGUAAAAUGCUGUAUGAUGAGUAACUUUCAUUUGAUGAAACAGUUUGGUUGAGCUUCAUGUGUUGAUUAAAUGGCUUCCCUGAAAAAUUGUUUGUGUAGCUCAAACACACAUGUACAUUCUUUGUAAUCAGACACUUUGAAUAAAACUGGAAUUGUCAGAUGUUCUCCGUUGAGUGAAGUCAAAUACUUGAACUGUAAAAUAGAUCUGUUGGGUAGUCUGUUAGUCACGAAACCUACCAAACACUGUGACUCGUGUGAUGUAGCCAUGGUAUCUCAGCAGUUCAAUGUUGAAUUCUUUCAAACUUAUGUAUUUCUGUCAACCAGCAGUGUGAUACUGAAUUUUCUGCAACAAUUUUGUCCAAUAAAUGGGUGGCCAAUCCA